GCCGCAGCGUCAUCAGUUAACCAAGACGCGCAGCUCCCGCCUCCGUUUCAAACCCGAAAUUUUCCGCCGUCCCCCAAAUUCUUUCCCUCGCCUUGCAUCCGCUCAACCAACAAAAUCGCCUUCCGUUUUGGUUGUCUCGCCAAUCCCCCAACCAAAACAAACCUUCCUCUUCCCUGAAAUCCCAUGACUCCGCGCCCGCACCAACCGGCCGGCCACCUACUCCGUGGGCGCGAAACCCUAACUGGCGCCCGCAUCCCUCUCUAUUCCAUGGCGGAGCAGGAUGGCGACGCGGGGCAGAUGCCACCCGACUCCGUUCCGGUAAGAUUCGUUACCUUUUGAUUGGGUUGGUUUGGACUCUUCAAUUUCCAGGUCCCGCUGGAGGCGGAAGCUUGCGAGGUAGGAGUACGCUUGGGCUUGGAGGCCUGGAGCCUCAGGGUUUACCAAUUAAGGGUGGUUGGUGUAGGGGAUCAAAAUACUAAUCAGCAUCAACCAUUUUUUUCGAUGUGCCAACCACUUCGCACUGUUAGCUACUCGAAUUCGUGGGAUGGGACUUGUGUUGCUGCUGCCAAUGAAAAUGACCACACUGGCAUAUCUGGUACAUUGGACAGGGAAGACGAUUCAUGUUCACGACAUUCAAUCAAUAAGGAAGUCAGUUUGGUGCAAGGUGUUAUGAAAAUGGAACAAUCAAUGGAUGGAGUUGAUGUGCCGCAUGGAGGAGCAAGUGAGCAGCCAGAGCCCCUUGGCACACAGCAGCCUGAUUCAUUUGAUGAAGUAGACUUAUGGGAUGUCCAAGAUAAUAAGCAAGCGUUGCCCCUUAACAGCAACCAAUGCAAUUUUAAUAUUGGUGAAACUUGUGAUGCUGAAGAUAUGCAUUUUCCUUUGUCUGCUUCUUAUAGAAGGCAACCCAAAUGUGUGGGAGCUGGUCUUAGCAAUAUGGGGAACACAUGCUUCCUGAAUGCAACUCUUCAGUGUAUCACUCACACUGUACCACUUUUUCUCAAGCUUUGCUCAAAUGAUCAUUUCACUCCAUGCUCAUAUAAUGAGGAUGGGUUCUGUUCUUUCUGUGCCCUUAAAGAACAUGUUGACGAAUCAAUUCGAAGGUCCGGAUCUGUUAUAGCGCCAACAAAGUUCAGAGAUAGUUUAAGAAAGUUAUCUUUGGAUUUUACACCAGGACAGCAAGAAGAUGCACAUGAAUUCCUACGUUGCUUGCUCGAUAACUUGCAUGAGUGUACUCUUGAUCCCAAGUCAAAGAGCAAGGGCUCAUCCUUUGAAGAAGAAAGUAUAGUCAAGGAGAUUUUUGGAGGCCAACUGAAAAGCCAUUUAUCUUGUUGCGAGUGCGGUCACAGCUCAGAGACAUUUGAGCCCUUCCUGGAUCUAAGUUUGGAGAUUGAUCAGGUUGAUCACCUGGUAGAUGCUUUGCAAUCUUUUACCAAGGUAGAGCAGGUUGGGGACUCUGAAAACAAGCUCACCUGUGAAAGUUGCAAUGCUCGAGUUUGUAAGAAUAAGCAGCUUACACUUUAUAGAGCACCAGAUGUUAUUGCAUUUCAUCUCAAGCGUUUUACAACCCUUGACAAUUCUGUUAAGAAGAUUGACAAAUAUGUGGCAUACCCUCUUGAGGUUGAUUUGAAGCCAUUUCACAGCAACCCAGAGACUGUGGGGGAACUGAAAUAUGAUCUUUAUGGUGUUGUUGAGCAUUCUGGAUUACCCAACUAUGGCCAUUAUGUCUGCACCAUUCGUUCUUCACCAAGUACAUGGUACUUGAUGAAUGACUCCAACGUUGAUUCUAUUACUGAUUCAAGUGCAUUAAACCAGGAAGCAUAUAUUCUGUUCUAUGUUAGGCAGGGCAAAUUUCCAUGGUUCUCGAGUUUGUUAGAAGGCAAGGUUGUCCUACAAGCUGAGAAUACCUGUGGAACAUCUCCUGUGUCAGUUUUGGAAAAUAUAGAUGUAAACUGUUCAACUUCUUCAGGAGGAGGCAGUAGCAGUAGUUCUGGUGAUAAGUUAGAGAAAAAUGAAGCCAGCCAAUUAGAAGAGACAAAGAAAGAUGAAACGAGUCAGUACAAAACGUCAUUCCUUCCCGACGAGCCAUCUAAGAGUUCUUUUGGUGCUUCUAACAGCAAUAAUGCAAUGGAUGAAGAUAAUCCACCCAGGGUUUCUUUCCAAAAUUCUGUGGCUAGUUGUUCCCGCAGUGUAGAAACCACCAAUCUCGAGAAGCCUUCUACUCCACGGUGCUCCCAGCGACUGGCCUCUCAUGAUGAGUUUAGUGUGUUUGAGUUUGAGGACUUUGAUGAGGAAAAGGAGACUUUACUUCCAAAAUUGAAAUUUCCAUCGAAGGUGAAGAAAGCUAACUCUGCAUCUAGAGCUAUGAAGGGUCGUUGCAUUGAUCAGAAUGCAGUCCGUUUGAUGAGGAGCAUGACAUCCACACGAAGAAAAGGUUUAAUAGACUGCAUAGCACAGCAAACUGCAAAGCAUGAGUCUAAUAGAUGCCCUGCAAGUGAUCCUCUGGACAAAAAGAAAAGGAAGCUGGUUCUUCAGUACUAGGUAUUACUAAGUUUGGGUGCCGAAAUCUUGUAUUGCUGUAUAUCCUUUCCUUUUUUGCUACUCUUUCUCUGUAUAUCUUGGUUCAGCAACUCUGCUGUUGUCAACUUCCCCCCUAAUCUAAUUUUGUAGUCAUAGGCUUUAGGGUGGCUAGAUUGGUUUCAGCCUUGCGGGGUAUAUGUGAACUUAAGAAUUAGUUACUCUCUUUUAAUAUUUCUGCCUCCUGAUGUUUUAUCACAUGCCAAUGUGGCUAUGCUAUGGUAUUGACACCUGUAACAA